AUGACGGAGACUAAUUCCGUGAAUUCGAACAGCUCCACGGAGACGACACCGCUCCUCCGGAAAGAAUCCAAAUCUUCAGCGAGCGGCCCCUCAAGAUGGUACACCUCAGUCGUCCUGAGAGUUCUGUUCACUUCCUUCUUAGUGUCGACGUCUUUUGGCGUGACUCAAGUUCCGUAGGUCCACGAGAGUGUGUACCGGUUCCCGCGCUAACAAUAGGACAGACUUGUCUAUGUUUUUGGCUUGAUGACAUGCGAUGAAUAUUACAAGACACAUUCAGAUCUAGAUCUCGGCUCUACGAGAUGCAAGAUACCCGAAAUCGAAGCAAGUACUGCUCGUGCUAUUGCUCUCUUGGGUGCCGGUACCACCCUCUUUGGCGUGGUCAACCUCUUCUUCACCGGCUGGUCCAUCAAACGGUUCGGUGUCAAAACUGCUCUCGUAACUUCCGUCGCCUGGCCCGUGAUCAGACUUCUAGUUCAGAAUGUCGGCGUGGAAGCUGGUGGUGGUUUGGGAAUCAACAUCGUGCAAGCAUCCCAGAUCAUCACCAUCUUUGGUGGCCCAGCCGGCUACCUCCUCGCCCUCAAUUCUUUUGCUACCGAAGUAGUCGACCCCGUAGAUCGAACUGCGACGCUGGGAAGACUUCAAGGCGUCGCUUUCUUCGGAACUUCGGUUGGCUUCCUAGCUGGAGGACUGAUAAGUGACAUCUUCGGAACUAUCGCCCCUUUUCGUGUUACAUUGGCCCUGUUUGCUAUCUCCGCACUCUACGUCUCGCUUUUCCUCCCCAGACUACCCAACAACAUCACACCUGAGCAAUUGAAGAAGACCGCCUCCCUCUCUGCUUUCUUCGAACCUCUACGCAUGUUCGUCCCACAGAAAUGGAUCCUGAAAGACGGUCAUGUCCAACGCGAAUACGGUAUUUCACUCCUUGGGACUGGUGCUUUCCUUGCCCUGCUCGCCACUGGCUACAUCGGGACCCUGCUGCAAAUGUAUGCCACCGACGAACUCGACUUUGGAACGACAGAAAACGGCUGGCUCAUCGCUGUCAACGCCAUGGUCCGCGGCCUCUUCCUCACAUUCGCGUUCCCGGUCAUAAUCACCCGUGGAAGGGCCUGGCUCGACAAGCGUCAACAGAGUAAAGAGCCCUCGGAUAAGAUCUCCGCUGAGGAGUCUGCGAUUCCAGAUAUCCCUAUCUCUGCUCAGGAAUUCGAACCUGGUCCGAUCGAAGGCGAAGCGGACCAAGAACCCGUAGAACCUCCCAAGCCAAGAGCUGACGGAGAGGGUGAAUCUUUCCAAUUCGACCUGCUCUACACGCGCUACAGCAUUCUCGUUGACGGUGUCCUCACCGCUCUAGCGACUUUUGCGACGAAGGGCUGGCACUUGUACAUCGUCGCCGUUGUGCUCCCGCUCGCUGCUGGUACGGGAUCCGCAGCGAAAGGUACGAUACUACAGAUGUGCUCGCCGUCUCAACGAGCUGAUGCUCUGAGCGCGAUCAGUCUGGUCGAGAUGGUAGCGAGAUUAGCUACCGUGGGCCUUUUCGGAUAUGUAUUCGCGGCUUUUGCUGCAAUUGGAGAGCCGAGUUUGACUUUUACCGCCAAUGGAGCCGUCGCAAUUCUGGCGUUCGUCGUAUUGCUUUUGACGAGAUUCCCGCCCCAGGGCGCGAGAAGAAUAGAGGACUCUAGCGAGGAGGCUGUGAGUUGA